AUGGCGUCGCUGCGACCGGAUCGGAAGCGCGCCGCCCAUUAUCGGGUGGCCGAUCCAAUUCGGCGGCUGAAAAUCCGUGUACAGUUGCGAAAAGUGACAGCGGUGGGCUUGACGCAGUUGCAGAGUGCUCAUGUACCGAGCACUGCCACAACGAAACUGGAUGACGCUGCUGGCGAAGUACCCGGGGACUCUGGCCCGCACGAGGUUCAGGCAGAGGUGCCGCGCCAGCCAUAUUUAUUCCGUGAAGCGCGCAUCGUGUCCUGGCAAGAGAAGGUUUUUAGUCAGGAGGAGCUCGAGUAUUAUCGUACGACUCCAGAAGCGGAGCUGCAGCCCGUUGAGCAACAGCUGCGCGCACAGGCCCUGGCACUCCUCGAUAACCCGCCGGCCAACGUGUUUGAAACUUGUUUGUACACCAUCGUGGACUACGACCUUGAGAAGAUAGAGGCCAAUGACCAUGAGGCCGAUCUCUUGCGCACGGCACAAGGCCAGCCAGCCGUCGUCACAACGGCAUUGCAGCGCCGGAUGGCCCUCACCGACCGUCGGCGGGGUGACCGUUUUCGAGCCCUGCGCCGCUUAAAACAAGAGGAGCAUGACCCCGAGGAAGUGGUAGGUCUGGCCAGUGAUCCAGCGGCACACGUCAUCGAUACCCCGUUUCAGGUGAUGCGCAUCAUGGCAGCUGUGCGCAACCCACAAGACGAGACGGAUGUACAGCACACCACGCUUUGUCGCAUCAAGGUGCUGCAAAUAACCCCUGACUUUACGAAUCGGAACCUGCCCUAUCGCUUUGGAACGCCGUGGGGCGAUUUGUACGAGUACGAACUGUACCAUGCCUCCAAGAGCAUAUCAGCUACCGAGGCAGCCGCUGAUGCUGAAUUUCAGCAUGAACUGGCGGCUCGUCAGCGACUAUUCAAUAGCCAGCGCAUCGGCACUACAUUUGAGCCAGCCCCACACGGUCGCCUUGCCGUGUGGCGGGUACGUGGCACCAUGUAUGUGUGUGUGUGUGUGUGUGUGUGUGUGUGUGUGUGUGUGUGUGUGUGUGUGUGUGUGUGUGUGUGCGUGAACAACAAGUUCCCACGCUCGUAUCUCAAUCAGCAGGGAUUGAUUCAAAAGGGUGUGGCCUCGUGGCUGGUCCCAGUGGCAUCGGGUCGGUGGGAGGAGACCCUGUCAUCGUGGCGGCCCUUGGAAACCACCGUGACAGAGCAGAUGCGGCGAUUCUUUGUUGGAGGUGCGCGCGACUUUGAGGAACUGCGGGAUGUUCGCUUGAAGCGGACAAAUACCUCGAUUGAGAGCAAGUUGGGCCUCGCCUCGACGCCAGGACCACGGGUUGCUUUGAGCAUGAAUACGGUUGUGCAUUCAGCCAUGGCCGUCUCAACGGAGCAGCUGUUGGCCACACAGACCAUGCUGGGACCUGAUCGAACGCUGACGACACAGCAAGUGGUGCAGGAGCACCUGUUACACCUGGGCACACUCUCUCACACGGUGAUUGUCACCUUUUUUUUUCUCGUAGGAACCCGAACCAUUCUUGUCACCAAGUGCACACAGAGUUUUCCUUCCUUGACGUGCAUUCGUGCCGUCAACACCACCAUGCCCAUUUCGUCACAGCGGCUCUCGCAUUCAUUACCAAACGUUCCCGCCGCCGCCAUUGACGAAAAGUCACUCUACUGCAGGAUACCACUCGAUGCCGAAAACGCCACGACCACCCUGUCGUAUCACUCCAGACCUUCUCCCACAACCUCCAUCAUGGGCAGUACCCAGCAAACCAAGACCAAGCCUGACUUGGCAUGGUCCACCGUUCCCAACACCUUUGACACGGCGCCGUUUGAAGUCAACGGUGCGGACUUGGAGGUGCCCGCGGUCCCAGCCCUGGCUUCUUCGCCCCCCUACUCUGACCCCCUGUCGAGGAGCUGGACUGCCAGCCACGAGGCAACUGUCCCUUGUUCCCCGACCACAGGCUCAACGGCAACCACAUCCAGCCCUCAAUCCACCCCCGUGGGCUGGGCCUCUGCUCUGCUCUUUGCCCCCGCCGACCCUAUCGAUACAACCCAUGAUGUCCACAGCGAUUUGACCGUGGCCCCUGCUCUGGAAAUGCUCAACAUGCUACACCUCGGCACCUCAGCCACCCCCGGCACCCUCAGCCAGCUCAAAGACCACCUGCAACAUCUGCAGGAGCAGGAUCGCAAUGCUUGGCUUCACUCUGAGGGGGCUGACGACGAUGUCGAUGUCAACGCUCUCAAGCUCAGCUCCACCCGCAACAAAGCCGCCCAGCUCAUUCAGCAACACGUGUGUCACGUACUCACCCAGACCCAAGCCGCCCUCGAUACCCUUUUGAAUGCCCUCUCCAACCACGGCGCCCAUCAUCCGCACAACAACAUCAACAACGCGAGUCACGGCAACAGCAGCAAUGCCCUCGUCCACAUGACCAACGGCGGCAAAGGUGGCCAUCACCACCACCACCACCAGCAUCAUGCCUCCCCAACCUCCCCCCUCGAUACCUCGCAACUGCGCACCGCCGUGGGCAACCUUCUCGAGGCCAUUCAGUUUGUGGAGGAACAGCUCCAAAGCCACCAAACUGAGUGGGUGGAUGCCGAAACCGUGGUCCUUAGUCUCCGUGGCACCGCCCUCAUUCAUCGCGUUGAGGACGCCGUUGCCACGGGUCCAGCUCUGCCCUUGGAAGCGAACCUAUUCAAACAGCAACAACAGCUGGCCACCCUUCUGUUUGACAACCUCGUCCGACGCGUCACGACCAUUGACUCGACCCUGCGGGACCCCGAGGUUGAAGCCGCUGCCCUCACCGCCGCCACCGACAUGAAUGACGUGGCCCGUUUCUGGGCCUUUCUCGAGGCCAUGAACAUGGAGAGCCCCGACCUGCGCUCGCCCGCGCUCCCAGUCGCCCAUGCGCUGUUGCGAGGCUUUCUCUGCUUGCCCGUCGUGCGCCACGUCGGCGUUCGCCUCGAGCCGACCAUGUGGAACCUGAUUGAGGCCGCUGCUCACACUCACACCCACGAGCCCAGCCUCUACAUUCAGGUAUUGCAGGUGUACCGUGCGUAUCGCGGCAAUGCUGCAGCUCAGAGCUACCACCAGCUGCACGGCCGCCGCCAUCAGCACUCCAUUGCCAGCAGGCCCGAGUGGGCGAGCAUUGUAGCCCAAAUUCAGCUGGGCGUUGUGCUCGAGCUCUCGGCCGAAAUGGAUCAAGCCAGCGCCACGGAACUUGUGCGUCAACUGCCCCAGCAAGCACCGGCCCAGGACCUGGUCAACAUGCUGCUGCAGCUGGCCCCGCCCUCGCACCGUCUUUGGCAACCCCGCAGCCUUGGCUACCUGCUCAAGGCCAUGGCCGACCAAUGGAGCGCCCGACAUGCCGAAGAGGUGUUGCAGCUGCUCUUGGACGUGGAUUGCGCCGAGCUGGACGCCGUUGUGUUUGGCAUUGUUAUGAAGGCUGUUGCGAAAGCCCCCGAUCACCACCGCACCGCCCGCUGCCAGCACUGGAUCUCAGUCAUGCAGCAGCGCCGUUUGCAGGUGGCGGCUGCCCCCUACACGUCCCUCAUGCUCAGCAUGUCCAAGGAUCAUCGUCCCCGCGACAUGCUCGGCGUAGCCCAGGAGAUGGCCCGCCUGAACUUGCUCGAUGACUUGGCCCGCGCCACACUACUCGAGCAGCUCUGCGAGCACAAGUGUCAGAGCGAGGUGCAGCAAGUCCUUCACACUCCAAUCUAUGGCCUCCGCUCACUGCGCUCACCCGUGGUGGAGCGCGUGGAAGGUCGCUUGCGCAAGCAACGCCGCUUUCGGGCUCUGGCCGUUCUCGAGGCCGGUCUGCGUACCUUGCCCUCUGGCAACCCAUCGCAACUCCAGAUGACCUCCCAGCCUGCCUCCCCCCCUCAGCAGCAGCGUCAUCUUCGCCACCAUUCGCGCCAAUCCCAACAGCCCCACCACCACCAUCAACAACAACAACAACACCACCACCACCACCAUCAACACCGUGUUCACCAGGCUCAGGCUCAGGCUCAGGCUCAGGCUCAGGCUCAGGCUCAGCUCUAUUUGCCCAUGAAUAUGGGCAUGGGCUGGCCCAUGGCGGGGAGCCCUCCGCGCUGGAGCAACGCAUCCAUGACACCGAUGCUGCCCCCCACCACCACUGCCACCUCGACGGCUGCUGCGUGGGACGCGUCAUCAGCGGGAUGGGAGACGCCCGCCCCAGUUUGGAACAUGCCCCCCUCUGUGCAUCGCUCGUCGUAA